AUGUCCAUAAUGGCCUCAUUCAACUUGAGCAGCCUCAAUGCAGGCUUCUUCAUCCUACUGGGAAUCCCAGGGCUGGAGCAGUUCCACAUCUGGAUCGGGUUUCCCUUCAUUAGCUACCUUGCAGCCCUUGCAGGAAUUGGUGUUCUUCUUUACCUUAUUUUCAAGGAGCAGAGCCUCCAUGAGCCCAUGUUCUUUUUCCUCUCCAUGCUGGCUGCUACAGAUCUCAUCCUAUCUAAUACAUGUGUACCAAAAACAUUCAGCAUCUUCUGCUUGGGUCCUCAGGAAAUCUCAUUUCCUGGAUGUCUUAUUCAGAUGUUUUUUCUCCACUACAGCUUUGCCAUGGAUUCUGCUAUCUUGAUUGUCAUGGCAUUUGAUCGCUAUGUUGUUAUUUGCUUCCCCCUAAGAUAUACCACCAUUCUUACCCAUCAGACUAUUACUAAGAUUGUGAUGGGUAUCAUCAGUAGGAGCUUUUGUAUCAUCUUCCCUUGUGUGUUUCUAUUAAAGCGACUGCCUUUCUGCCAAACACUCAUCAUUCCCCACACGAACUGUGAACACAUAGGAGUUGCCAGGCUUGCCUGUGCUGACAUCUCCAUUAACAUCUGGUAUGGCCUUGUUGUACCUAUCAUGACUGUUAUAUCAGAUCUGAUCCUCAAAAACACAGGUGUGUAG